CAUCCAACUUCUUUGCGCUUCCGCGACUUCUUCCUCAGCUCUAAACAGUUAUCUCCUGCUCAAUCCCUUCGAUUCCACGGCCUGUCGUUCGUAUUAGCUUGUUAUUGCAUUUCUGAAAAAUGACCUCCACUCUCGCUGUUGGUUUGGGUAUCGCUACGGCCGCGUUUCUGGGCCGCGCAGGACUUGUCGCAUUCCGCCGCUACAAGGGAGGCGUUAAUGCUGCGGGUAAAGCGUACUAUAAAGGAGGCUUUGAACCGCGGAUGACUCGUCGCGAAGCGUCUCUCAUCCUGUCGCUCUCCGAGCGUACCCUGACGAAAGACAAGGUUCGAAAGAACCACCGCCAGCUGAUGCUCCUCAACCACCCCGACCGAGGUGGAAGCCCAUAUCUGGCGACCAAGAUCAACGAAGCAAAGGAACUUCUGGACAAGACCACCUAAACAGUCUUCGAUUCGGGAUUGGAGAAGAGAUAAUGCGGUUAAAGCGCGUAUAGACUUGUAUUAUACGAGAGAGAGAGAUGGCUUUUGUGGGUGCAUAGCGUGGCGUUGGUUCUGGGUUUAUGAAAAUGGGACCUCUUCUAUACUCUUAUCGAGUCAUGUUGGGAAGUUCUACUGGACUGUAUCGAGAUCGCCGCUCCUGAUAUAUUUUCCAUCGUAUAUAAUACGACCUUACGUUGAACGCUCAUACUUGAGCCUCCAGCAAUUCCAUCAUUCCUUGCAU